CUCCCUCUCCCUCUCUCUCUCUUUCUCUCCCUCUCUCUCUCUGUGUGAUCCUCUUACCACGGGUUUCCCUCUAAAUCAGCUCUCAUCCUGCUUCUCUGCCGCUUUAAUUCACUGUCAGAGGAGAAAGGCAGCGGAGAGGAGCCAUGGCGAGUCCCGGACAGAAAGUGGUGCUGAUCACGGGCUGCUCCUCCGGGAUCGGUCUGAGGAUGGCCGUGAUGCUGGCCAAGGAUGAGAAGAAGCGUUACCAUGGUGAGUGCACGGUGUGCGUGUGUGUGUGUGUGUAAGAGAGAGAGAGAGAGAGAGAGACUUUUAAGAUGUCUAUCCAGUUUUCUUGUCAUGGUUAAACUAGUGAAGACUUCAUUUUCAUCUUAAAAUCUUAAUAACUCAUAAAAUCUUUCUUGAGCUGCAGUCAUGAGGCAAUAAAACGAUCUAAAGAAAAUCUGGACAACUGCAAUGAUUGAUCAUUUUCAGUAAAAACAAACAUUAAAAAAAAACCUCAAAUAUCUGCUCGGUUCUGCUUUUUAAAGUCGUAUUUUUAAAGUUUUAUAAAAUCAACUUGUACCAAAGCUAAAAUAAAUGAAUUCACCUGUAAAAUACUAUAAAUCAUUUAUAAGGGUGAGAAAGAGUUUGUCAAAUAAAACUGCAGUUUGUUUUUUUUUGUUAUUUAUGUUAUUAAACAACUUUGGAGUUUUGUGUUUUGGACAAAAUCAUAAUCAGAAAUACUUUAAUAAUCCGCAGGGGCAAAUACAGUAAAAUGAGAUAAAAUAAUAGAUAAAAUAAGUGAAAAUGAAGAGAUAAUAUACAAGCAUGUACACAAUAUACAACAGAAAUAAAAGAGCAGUUUCUUACUAUAAGUGCACGAGCUUUCAGACUUCAAAUUCUAAGACAAGAGAAGCGACGCUUUUAUGUCCUCUUAGGAGAAUUCAUUAUAGACUCUAUUCUGGAUGAACAAAUUCAAUAAAACAGAAAAAUACGUAAAAACUUCAAACAGUAGAGCGACAUACUGCACAACCCUUUGGCUCAUCCUACUUCACUUGUUGCUUAGAGACUAAAAGGACAUGGAGAGAUAAUAUUCACAGCGGUUCGGUCUGAUUUAACAGGCCUUGAAUCUCCUCCUCGAGUAUCAGAGAGGUUUGAUAAUAGACUAAACAGACUUCGCUCCUUGUUCUACAGUGUCCACAGAAGAUGCUUACAUCAUGACUGAAGCGUACAUAAGAGUAUUACACAGUCCACAUCAUAAUGCAGAUUAAAGCCGCGCAGCAGAGGAUAGACCUCCAUCUGUGUUUGACUGUGUGCAGAAGUUCAGACCCACAAUAUCCAAUCUGAACCACAUGAGCCGAAAUAAGGAUCCAAUUUAGACACAAUGACUGAAAAUGAGUUUCACAACCGUCUGAUGAUGAAAAAUGAACCAGGACAAAUUGACUGAAGAUGAAAACGAGAGCUGAGAGUUUUUUUCUGCUGAACUCGAAAGAGGAAAUUCACCACUCUUUAGUAUUUCCUCUCCACGCACGCAGGAAGGUCAGAGGUCAAGGUUAGCUUUAAGGGUCCAUGGGGGUGUCGGUGUUAACAAAAUAAAAAUAAUCAGAGUCUGAGACGAUACAUGGGUAGGUUUAAAAACGGACAGGGCAAAUAAAAGCCAUUUGUAAACAUGCAUUUAAAGCUCCUGUGAGGAGUUCUCUCAAAAUUCAUGACUUUUCAUAAUUUCCAGAAACAUUUAUGGUUUUUAUUUUGUUAUUUUUAAUGUCUAAACUUAGUGCGAGGGAAAAAAGUGUCAGUUAUUCACAACCAAUGAUACAUCUGACUGUCUGGGGUCCCGCUGGCCGAGACUGCUUUGUUUACAAAAUUCACACGACCCAAAAGUUCCUUAAAGGAGUUUUGGAUAAGCAGGAGGAACAAAGGACGAUAAAUGAAAAUAGUAUAAAGUGUAAACAGAAUAAAAAAUGUUGUCCGUAAUAGUCUUCAUAUGAAUCACAUAACCAUGACCACAUUCUUCCACCUCAGAAGUAUCAUCAAUCCCCGACCUUCACUCUUCUUCUCUGAUCCACACUUCGAUUUCUGCAGAAGUAUCUUGUUUGGUUCACCCUCAAAAAUGAUCAAAAACAUCCAAAACUCGCCUCCUCAUCCAAACACCCAAACCUCCAUUGGCUCCCUGUUCACCAACACAUCCAGGUUAAAGUCCUUCUCCUCGCCUCCAUAAUCACGCCCCCUCUGACCUCACUGACCUCAGACUCCAACCUUCUCUGAGGACCAAGCACCAAACCUGGGGGUCCUGAUCUGAACCACCAAAGUUCAAAUCCCAUCAAAACCCACCUCUGUUGAUGCACUCGUAUUUUGAAUGUAUUUACUCUCUUUUUAUCCUGUUUAAUACCUUAUAAAUAAACUGUAUUAUUAUUAUUAUCAUUAUUCGUAAAAGUGUUUUUGAUAUUUCGUAAUGUUGGGAAAGCUCCCGGCUCACUCAGUCGGCUACAAAUAUCACGUCUCUGAUCCCAACUUAACCUUUUGUCAUGCCUGAGAUUCAGGUAACCCCAGACAAUUAUAAAGACCUCCUACAGCUUUUCUCAGGCUAAUUAUAGCGCGGCUAACUAAAGUCUGCCGCCGAGAGCUAUUCUUGGAGGCGACGUGAGCGCUCUACAUGCUCAUAUGUAAACCUUUACUUCACAGAGAGUCCACAUUAAAGCUUCUUAAGAUUAUCUUUGUUCGAACUGCUAUCUUUACCACUGGCUUUACAUUGUUGUGUAAUUUCAGACAAACUUCCCAGAAAGCAGGAAAACAACACACGGGUCAGAGAGGCAUGAACAGGGUUUCCUGUGUGUGUACUUUACUGUCCAUCCGACCCUUUUCUCCCAUCUGUCCCCUCCUUCGCUCCUCACGACCUCACAUCCUUUUUUUUCCGCUCCCACCUAUGACAGGAAAGGUACACAAAGACAGGAUCACUCACACACAGAGAACAUGUGAUGAACACAAAGGAACAGUUUGUACUAUUUGAACAAACAGUCAACAGAUCAUGAUGUUUGUGUGUUCUGAUCCAGUGAACUCAGUCUGACUCAGGAGUAGUAACACUGUUUGCUGUAAUCUUCUUUACCGGGGCAGGUUUCCUAAUCACAGGUUUAUUUACAGCAGCAGCAUGAAGGCCUGUGGGGAUGGAGAAGCUGGUAGGGGGCACUCAACCCAUUCAUAAACAGCCAAUGGAAAUAAGAGGAGCUUUAUUAUACAGAGGGCUGUUUGCACACCGCAGGGAUGGAAAGACUAACGACCGAAUACAAGUUUAAGAGACGUGAUGAAGAUCUUAUUGGACUGAAUCGUUUACAUCCCAGUGAUCUCCAUCAUUGCAGUUAUUGCUGCCAUUUUCCAUCAACCACACACAAUUAAACAAGUCUUUACAGGGCUCGACACUAACUUUGUUCACAAGGAGCACGUGAGAAACUUCAGGGGCAUAAUGAAGAUCGAUCCAAUAAUGUUUGUCUUAUUGGUCGACAUAAGAACAAUUAUUUGAAAUCAAUUUUUGAAAUCAGUUGAAGAAAAUGUUCAAAAUUAAAUGGACUCAUGAAUUAAAAACUGUAAUACUUUGGCUCUCCUACUGUAACUGUAACUCAUGUCAAUAUGAUGCUGAAAGUUUGGUUUUGAUUAUUUUGAAGUUUAUAAAAUUCCAAACUGUGACAGUUUUUCAUUUACUCUGAUUAGUGUCUCACCCACAUCCACUCUCUCUGCUUUUCUUUACCGCCGCCUCUCUGUAGUCAUAGCAACGAUGCGGGACCUGAAGCGUAAGGAUAAACUGGUGGAGGCUGCUGGAGACGCGUACGGGAAAACUCUGUCUCUGGCCGUGCUGGACGUCUGCAGCGAUGAGUCGGUCAAACAGUGUAUCAACGGCAUUAAAGAUCGGCACGUGGAUGUCCUCAGUGAGUAACAUUCAUUGAACCGUGUCUCAGAGUUGGUUUAAUACUCAGUUCUUUCUAUCUCUUUGUUUUCUGAUCAGUCAAUAACGCAGGUAUCGGCCUGGUGGGACCACUGGAGAGCAUCCCAAUCGAGGAGAUGAAGAAAGUGUUUGAGACCAAUUUCUUCGGGGUGAUCCGAAUGAUUAAGGAGGUGAUGCCUGACAUGAAGAAGAGGAGAGGAGGGCACAUCAUCGUGGUCAGCAGUGUGAUGGGACUACAAGGUUAGCACUCAGAGGCGUGAAGGGGAAGAAAAAGGAGGCGGGUUGGAAUGUUGACAGGUAUGUUAGCUCUGAAGUGUGCACCAGCUGAUGACGGACGAAUGGAGGAGAAGGUGGACACUUAAGAAAGACUCAUGAGGUAGAAACAGAGCUGAGGGACGGUCCUGUGAGCCGCUGCAUGACAAAAACUGUUUUGUUUAGGUGUUGAUGUUUUCUGAAAGUGAAACAGACACACGUUCUCUUUGUUUCUGCAGGUGUGGUGUUUAAUGACGUGUAUGCAGCUUCCAAGUUCGCCAUGGAGGGCUUCUGUGAGAGUUUGGCCGUGCAGCUCCUGAAGUUUAACGUCAUGUGAGGGCAGCUUGAACUUCUAACACAGUAACAAAUAAAACAAAAACACACCGAGCGGUUUAAUAGUAUGUUUUCUACUCAGUUCUAACUGAUCCACAUGGUGUUUUUAAGGUUGGAAAUAACAAAUAACUUUUUUUAUGAAUACAAACACUUAAAUCAGACUCACUGGUUACAUGUCAGAGUUUAAAUCAUGCUAAUAAAAACAGCUUGAGCACUAGAAUGCUGUUGUUCACUUUGUUAACCGUUUACACUCAUUAGCAGAUGGUUAGGUAUUACUUUGGACUCACAAAAGUUUGGGCUAAUAUUGGAGGAACUGUUUGAAUGUAAGCACCAAAUAUAUAAGAGAUAAUGUACAAUGAGCAGGUGGUUAUGUGAAAUAGAAUCUUGAUAAUAUGGUGAGGGAAGAGCUUUUGUUGUGCUUUUGUACCCUCCUCAACUUUGCUUUGGGGUCCUGCUCACCCUGUCAGGAUUCUGAUUUCUACAACCACCAACUCACUAUACGUUAUAUCUGCAGUAACAGCCUCCUUAUGUUCCUCCUUUUCUCCUCAGACUAUCAAUGAUUGAACCGGGUCCGGUUCACACAGAGUUUGAGGCAAAGAUGAUUCAGGAUGUGAGGCAGAAGGAGUAUCCUGGAACUGAUCCUGAUACGGUUCAUUACUUCAAAAAUGUCUAUCUGCCCUCUUCUGUUGACAUCUUUGAGGCUCUGGGACAAACGCCUGACGACAUCGCCAGAGUAAGUUCACAAAAAACAUAUUUAAACGUGACCUUGUGUCGACUUAUCGUGGAAAUCUAAAUCUUUCCUUUGUUUGUUUUUUGCCCCAUCGUCUGCAGUGCACGAAGAAAGUGAUUGAAGCAAGCAGCCCUCGUUUCCGUAAUCUCACCAACCCCUUAUACACGCCCAUCGUAGCGCUGAAAUACGCUGAUGAAACUGGAGGCCUGUCUGUCCAUGCCUUCUACCAUAUGCUCUUCAAUAUGGGGUCUCUAAUGCACGUCAGCAUGACCGCCAUGAAGUAUCUCACCUGUGGAUGCCUGAGGAGCCGGACAAUUUCACCACACUAGAGACAACUCCAACGAUACAAACACCCCGAUCACUCAAACUACCCUUUGCUUAAACUGCCAGAAGAAUAAACGAUCAAACAGGAGAAGUUUCAAAGUUUUACUUUUAGGACCUGCCAUAUUUUCUGCUGUAUGAACCGUCCUUUGUUUUUCGUUUAGAGUUGUGGACGCUCCUUAAAACUCAAAAUCCUGCUGAGUUUGAAACUAUAGAUUUGAUACUUGUUGGCCAAUGCAGCGUGCCAAAUAGGAAGUGUCUGCACUUAAAAAUCAUGUUGUAGCCCCACUUUGUUACUGUCGCCACACAACUUCACAGUUUGUAUCUUAAGAGCUGUAAUCCUGUAAAAUAGUUCUACUCUUUGCUGAUUUGUAGCCGAUGUAUUUACAUUCAUGUACAUAUUUUUGACAUUCUAUGUUGCAGCAACUAUUUUGGCAUUAAAACUGGUCAUUUAUCAUUUCCAA